UCUCCAUUUUGGGGUUUCAAAAGCAGAUUAUUUUUCUUUUGGAGGUUCAAUUUUCAGGUGGUUUGCGAGUUACUGGUAUACAAAAUGGCUGCUUGUUCACCUCCGUCAAAGCGAAGGCGAAAGAAUCACGGCGAAUAUACAAAUGAAGAGUCAUCAUCGCAGCCGCCGGUGGUUGUCUUUGCUCACGGCGCCGGUGCCCCUUCUUCCUCCGAUUGGAUGAUUAGAUGGAAGGACAUGUUGAAAAAUGCUUUGCAGGCUAUUGAAGUCGUCACAUUUGACUAUCCUUAUAUUUCUGGAGGAAAAAAGAGGGCUCCCCCUAAAGCAGAGAAAUUGGUGGAUUUUCACAAAGAUAUUGUGAAAAAGGCUGCUGCUAAGUACCCUGAACAUCCACUGAUUUUGGUUGGGAAAUCCAUGGGCUCUAGAGUUAGCUGCAUGGUAGCUGCUGAGGUUGACAUUGCAGCAUCAGCAGUAAUUUGCUUGGGAUACCCACUUAAGGCCAUGAAUGGAGCUGUGAGGGAUGAGACAUUGUUGCAACUUGAAGUACCUAUAUUGUUUGUACAGGGUAGCAAAGAUGGGCUUUGUCCUCUUGACAAGUUGGAGGCUGUUUGCAAGAAGAUGAAAUCGAUCAAUGAGUUGCAUGUGAUUGAUGGUGGUGAUCAUUCUUUCAAAAUUGCUAAAAAGCAUCUUCAAACAAAGGGGUUAAGCCAAGAUGAAGCUGAAGAUCUUGCCGUUCAGGCUGUUGUAUCAUUUGUCUCCAGGUGUCUCAGAGGAAAAUGAUAAUUUAAUUUAGUUCCAGUUCUCUCAUAUCAGAAUGGACAAACUAUUUUGUAUGGUUUUGUAAUUUCAUUAGGUUUAACACAGGUGUGACAUUCACUUCAGCAUUGACAUUAUUGUUGGAUUGUCUGCCGACUUCUGCCUUGUAAAGUUGCUCUUUAUUCGUAUGCCUAGGAAGUGAAAUUAGUAGUGGGUAGGGCUGUUUUUGAUAUGAUUACUUCACAAAUAUUGCUUCAUCUAAGUUCACAAAUAGUUGUUGUCUUGGUAUCCAAGAUUUUAUGAGA